UUAGUUGUAUUAGCGUACACAACUUCACUUACAGUGUUGAAUUAUUGGGAAGCAUGGACGGUACUAACCGGCCGACGAUUAUGGUUACAAAUGACGACGGAAUUUAUGCUCCCGGACUGCAAGCGCUAGUUCGAAUCCUAGUUUCUACCCGUCUGUAUCGUGUUUGUGUCUGUGCGCCUGAUUCGGAUAAUUCAGCUGCAAGUCAUUCUACCACUGUGCGCCGUGCUGUUUCUGCAAUGCCGACUGAAAUAAGUGGAACAACAGCCUUUGCUAUUUCCGGAACUCCAUCUGACUGCAUAUCAUUGGGAACCUCCAAGGCGCUCUUUCCUUCAGUGCCUGAUUUGGUAUUAAGUGGCAUAAAUAAGGGCAGCAACUGUGGUCUUCACAUUGUCUACUCAGGGACGGUGGCUGGUGCUCGACAGGCCUUCAUUCGUGGCAUACCAUCGGUUGCAAUAUCAUAUGAGUGGAUUGAGGGUACAAGCAAUAUCAAUGACUUCACAUUGGCUGCUGAGGCUUGCUUACCUAUGAUUAGUGCCAUUUUUGUUGAGAUCAAGAAUAAAACCUAUCCUAAGGAAUGUUUUCUCAAUGUGAAUUUACCCACAGAUAUAUUGAACCAUAAGGGUUUUAAGCUCACUAAACAAGGAAACAGUCUUAUGAAAACAGGUUGGAAGCAAGUUUCUUCUGGUUCCCAAACAAUGUCAAUCAAUCCGAGUUCAGAAUCAAUGAACCCUGAUGCGAAAGCCGUUUCACAAGAACCCCUUUUGUUCAAGAUGGAGCUCAAGGGAGGGCAGGUGGAAAAUGGUGGAACCGACUUCAGUCCCCUUCUGGAAGGAUAUAUAACUGUCACUCCCCUUAAAGCCUUGACUAAUGCGGAUGCUGACAGCCAUAAAUUUUUCAAUCAGUGGUUACCAGGAGUGGCUUCUUCAGCAGUGUGAUGAAUAUUUUGUAGCAAGUAUAAUGUUAAGAAUGCAUGUGUUGCACUAGUAGAUAUUCACCUUAAUGCAAUAAAUAUGAUGCAUCUCAUGCAUAUACACCUACACCUACACAACAGUGUUAGUUAAUGUGAAAACUGACUUGUAUUGAAGGACUGAUGGUAAUGUUAAACUCAAUCAUUUCUCGGGGGGUG